CUUGGAAAUGCAGAUCUGUCGAGCGCUGGCAUACAUUCACAAUGGCAUCGGCGUGUGUCAUCGUGACAUCAAGCCGCAGAACCUUCUGGUCAAUCCCCACACUCAUCAACUCAAGCUCUGCGAUUUUGGAAGCGCAAAAGUCCUGGUGAAGGGCGAGCCCAACAUAUCGUACAUCUGCUCGCGCUACUACCGGGCGCCUGAGCUCAUUUUUGGAGCCACGGAGUACACCACAGCCAUUGACAUCUGGUCUGCAGGCUGCGUCAUGGCUGAGCUGCUGCUGGGGCAGCCUCUCUUCCCCGGCGAGAGCGGCGUGGACCAGCUGGUGGAGAUCAUCAAGGUGCUGGGAACGCCCACGCGGGAGGAGAUCAAGUGCAUGAACCCCAAUUAUACGGAGUUCAAGUUCCCCCAGAUCAAGGCGCACCCCUGGCACAAGGUCUUCUCCAAGAGGGUCCGGCAGAAGCAGUGGAUCUUGUCUCGCGCUGCUGCAGUAUUCCCCCAACCUGCGCUGCACUGCUGCGGAGGCGUUGGUGCAUCCCUUCUUUGACGAGAUCAAGGACCCAACACCAGGCUGCCCAAUGGCAAGCCUUUGCCGCCGCUUUUCAACUUCAAAAAGGAGGAGUUCAAGGGAGUCCCCAUCGAGUUGGUCCGCCGGAUUGUCCCCGAGCACACGCGGCGCCAGAACGGCCAUCUCCUCGUGUAGCAGCAGCAUCACCUUCGUGUUGUUGUAGCGGAGUGUUUCAACCACCUUUUCCUGUAGCGGCCCCUCCCUAACCUGCUCGGCACCUGCUAGCCUGCUCGUCAGCCCCUUUGUCUACCCCAUUCUCCCAUCCUCUCCUCACUCUCCUCACUCUCCUCACUCUAUCCAUGAGCCCCGAAGCCCCUGAGCUCUUGAGCCUUCCUCACAACCCACUGUUCCAUCACAUUCUCCUCCAUCACUCCCCCCCCCAGUCACCACAACCCUGCAUCACCCCCCUUCCCGUCACAUAGCCUUAAGCCCGUGCAUUGUGGGACUGGACGGCUGUCCAACUGGGGUCUCGUGCUGUGGCUGGUGAGCAGGCACCUCAAAACAGGGACUUGGGGGCUGCUUGCCGGCUCAGGGUCUUGGGGGCUUCUGGCUGUAGCUUGGGUUCUUGGGAGCUCGUGAGGUCACACCACCACCUCGCUCUGAUUUUGUUAGUCUUUACCAGUUACCGUAGCGCCUCUUCAUCUCAACUUCACCUUCCUGCUGCCGCAUGUUAAGCUCCGGCGUCACCUUUCUUUCAGAGAAGCUGUGAGCAUCAAACAGCAGUAGGAAGUCCCAGUCCUCAUUCUCACCUGUGGCACUCUUCUGCUGCUACUGCUUCUCCUGCUGCUGCUGCUGCUGCUGCUGCUGCUGCUGCUCCUCAUGCUGCUGCGGGCGCUACUGCCGUUGCAAAAAGGCCGGUGCUGGCUUCGACAAUCAAACCAGCAAUGCCCACUGCUACGUGACAGUUAUGCUGGUUUCAGUCGCACCUCUUUGGGUGCUGCUUGUGUGCAGCAGACACUGCUGUUUUUGUUUGUUCCCAUCUCAUCAUCUUCCUGUCCACUGUCGUGUGCUGCAUGGUGUCACGGCUGUUAGCCAGCUGUCUGAAAAACCUACCCUAGACCAGCUAGCUAGUAUCAUGCCUUGUCGCAUUCCAGCUUGCCUGAUCACACCUGACCUGCUACCUGACUAAAUAACAGCAGCAUCUUCAUAGUGCCUUUUCCUAUGGUUCCUUCCUGGUAGCAUAGUGCUAGCUUCCAGCACUGUGGCAACAACUUGAGGGGCUAAUCCAACCCCUGAUACCACA